AUGGGUUGGAAGCUACCACACGGGCUCUCGUACGAAGCCGUCCUCGAGAGGCCCAACGGCAUGCUUGGCCCCGAUGGAAUCCCGUACUCCACGUGGAAAAACGCGGAGGCUGACCCAGCAGAUGGAAUUGAAGUUUUCCGCCGCCCCUUCUGCACUCGCCCCCUCAGCAUGAGCGACACCGACAUUAAGUUGAUUGCGGACGUUGUCACGAUUACGAUGACGGAGAAUCUCAGUCACCUAGUUGACAACGACCAAGCCUGCCUGCGAGGAAGGGAUAUGACAGCUCACAUCGUGCGUGCUGGAGCCCGGGGACUUUGCCAGCACAUCAAAAGUGUACCAUUUGCGCCCCCGUUCCUCGCCGACUUCUCUGCUGCCUUCCCAUCGCUUGCAUCGGAGCGGUUUCUGCGCGUGCUCGAGUGCAUGAGGCAACCAGAGCACAUAGACUUAGGACCUAUUCUCUCAGGUCCCCAGAUGUUCGAUGACGUUGCGAACUUGAAACUGAAUCUCGCCAAGUGUGAGAUCGCAAGCUGCGGGGACUUGGAUUUGAUCAUCCUGAAAAAAGCUGUGGAGGGCAAUGGGGACCCCGCGGACAAGCUCCUCGCGGUGUCUUGGGCGGUGUAUCCUGGUAUUCCGAGUGGUCCUGAUGGCUACUUUCACGUUUGGGAUCCGGAGCCGAAGCCGGUCGGCCUGGCCCCUACCGAGGCGCCCUGCGCCCCGCACGCGGGGAGGCCCCGCUACGCGAGCACCAAGAUGACGCCGGACGAGUGCGAGGAGCGAGGACCCCCGGGGGGCAUGAACGGCCUGAUGGUCGGCGGCAAGGGCCUCGGGAAGGGCGGCCCCGUCUUCGGCUUCUGA